AUGCUGUCCAUGUUGGAGAAAGUGUUGGAGGAUAGGGACGAAGCGAUGGCCGGCGAGGUGUUGGAGUUGUUGAUAGAGUUUGCGGAACCGAGGUUUUUGGUGGGGCAAAUUGAGGAGUGGGUGAAGAGAAUGUGGCAGAUUGCGAAUAAUGAUGGUUUGAACGUAGGGACGAGGCGUUUGGCCAUUGAGUUCCUUUCGAAAUUGGUGGAGGUCGAGGAGAUAGCGCCAUGGCUGCAGCAGAAUGUGAGGGAGUUGUUUGAAAUUUUGAUGAAAAUGUUGGACUAUAUUAAUGAUGAUGAUCAUAAUGCGGAUUAUGUGUCUGCAUGGGAGAGUAGUAAUCAUUGGCGUUGGAGGAAAUGUUUGAAUAUGCUGUUUAUUGCGGUGCAUAGGAAUGAUAUGUUUUCUAUUGUUUUGGAAGUGUUGCCGGCGUAUUUGGAUACUCCUAAGUGGCAAAAGAAGUAUAGCGCAUUCAUUGUGCUCGCAGCGAGUAUAGAAGGAUGUUGGAAGGAAGUUGAGAUGCUCGUGAUGAGACUUGGUUUGUGGCGUGAUAGGUUAUCAUUGAUGAGAUUUGGUCCGCAGCAUGAUACGCGUUCGUGGCAAGAAAGGGUAUCAGAGACAUGGAAAGAACUUUGGAGAAACGAAGAGCGGGAUUUUUCCCCUUACCUGGAAAUUCUCAUGUCCCUUGUGUUUGAUGCUGCUCAACUUGACCCAAAUGUUACUCGGUUGGUUACAAUAUAG